GCGUAUGCAUCAUGGCCGAUCAUGACGGUCGUUCAGCGUGUCGACGCCCAGUUCUACACCCAUAACAUUCUCGUGGCAAACUCCGUCGACUCCCUCACCACAGCUGGGGUUGCGACCCAAUUCCUCGGCAAGGUGUUUUUCACCUUGCUGAACGACUUAGGCGGUCGCGGCUUGAGCAUUAUCCCGCCACUCAAAGAUUUCACGGACCACAUUAGCGGGAACUCAUGA